CGGGACGAAGUUGGAUUCAGAUCGAGCCCAGACAAUGAAUACGAGAACGAAGAAGCCGAUGCUGCGUUGAUCAAGUCAUCAAGACCGGACACUGGCAUCGCAGUUUCAGCGCUCGAGUACCCAUGAUGGAAGCGCGACCCCAAAUCUUCAUCCUCCCUAACUCACCCUCCUGUCGCGUCCUCGAUCGUUUCAGCGACCUGCCCGAAAACAUCAUCGUCGACGAGGAUGAAGCAGGCCGGAUUCCCUUCUGGCCUUUGUUGCGGCAUCUUCUCCAAGAGCCCGUCUUAUCAGCAGCACACCUUAUCGACAGACUGCAGACCAUCGCUGCCAACGCUGAAGGAACCCAUGGAGACGACUACGGAUCCUUGAAGAGUUUUCUUGCGAGUGAUGACUUUCAGGCAGAGGAAUUUUUCUGCCCGACAUGGCUUAAUCUGCGCGAGAUCGCACUUGACCUCCCGCUCUACUUCCCCGAGGGACAGCUCGACCUCCUUAAACUAGGACGCCCACUACGUCUGAGUCGCGGCCAAGUCGCCUGCUUGGUUGUCCAUCAGUUCCUGUGUUCUGCACUCCUGCAAAGACAAGAUGAUGGAUACCAGGACUUCAGCAUCUGGUACGCUUCGAGACAGAGACACCCGGCUGCAGUUGAGAUGUAUUUAACCUCAGUGUUUGCGUAUUUUGAGAGUCUCCCUGGGGCUAAAGCUUUGAUGGAAGAUCACAAGACUGCCCCUGAGGACCCCGGGAGGUAUGUUACGUAUGCGUUGCAUAGAAAGGAUGAGGUGUCUCUCGAGGGAGUCUCCUUGGGGACGGUGCAUGUCGAUUACCUGGACGACUACAAUACGGAGUCUCACCUACUAGAGGUUCAAGGCCCAGCAGGCGCCGCUGUCAUCUCUGCGAACAAAGUUAUCGGGUUUGGCCAGUCCGCCACGCAGGAGGAGAUAUUUGUUGGGAUUGCCCCUGAGGCCUGUCCAGUUGUCCUCGUCGCACCACACCUCCUUGAAAACACCGUCAUCACCGUCUCCGGAGCAAGAGCUGUGCUGAGCGUCAGCGGUCAGAGGCGGGAUAUUUCUUGGGUUGUUCAGUCAUCGCCGUCUACGGGGGACUUCGACUCAUGGGUGCGAACUUGGCGUGGGGGCCGCCUCAUCUUCAUGGAUGCCCUGGAGAUGGAUAUGGUGGAGGCAUCUGAUGAGAUACUGCCCGACCUACUGCCGGCAAACGUUGACCGCGAGUUACUCAAAGCCGUGGCAGGAUUCGCCGCGUACCCCGAUUGCAGUGCCGUAUGGACGGGGCUGUGGGGAUGUGGUGCCUUCUGCGGUGACCCCGGCGUCAAGCUCAUGGUGUUGUGGCUCGCAGCUUCGGCGGCGGGCGUCGAGUUGCACGUAAUGCUGAGUCCGGAGCAGCACGAGAUGGGGCAUCGAUUCGAGGCGGCGGUGAAGACGUGCGAGAGAAUGUCCGCCCGGGAUCUGCGGAGUCUGCUGUCAGAUGUCCCGGGGGGGCUGAAGAAGAUGGAGAUUCUUGAGUGGAUAUCAGGAAGGGCUUCGGGAAGUGGGUGACAAUUUGUCGAGUCCGGCUCUUGGCCAACACUAGAGUAGUUGGCGCCAGAUUGGUUCGAGUUUUGCGAAGAAGAAUGUUUCAAGCCACGAGUGUAUGGAGCCACGAGUGUACUGC